CUGGCUGGGCUAGGCAGCAGCGUUGCCAUGACAAGCAUUUUCUUAAGAGAGCGCUGCUCGUGCAGGGCUCGCUCAGUUUGCAAAGGGCUGGCUCUGAAAACGGGGAGAAGAGAAAAACCAAACCCAAGCCUCCCCCCCAUCUGCUGAUUAGCUUCGGUGCAGGGAGCGGUGUGGGCUUGCUGCUUUUUUUGUUUUCUUCUUAAAGACCUUCAGCGUUAAAGGACAUUGGUCUCUUUCCAGCUUCCUGCUUCCCUCCAAACUUUGGGAAGAGCAAAAUCAAGCGCAGAGGGGGAGUGGAAAAGGAAGGGCAGGGGGUGGAAAAGCAAAUCCAGGAGUUUGGGGAUUUUUUUUAACCCCUUCUCGUCCAUGGAAAUCCAGGGGGGUUUCCCCGCCCGUGGAAGGCUGGAUUACUGGAGGCGGAGGGAAAGCAGCGAGAGCAGCCGCAGCCUAUGAAUUGAUUCAGUCGUGCAAAGCCGUUGCAUGGCCGCUGCCCCCGCCCGCAGCCUGCUCUUCGCCAGACUGAAGUGCCCCGACUUGGAGCAGCGGGGCGGGCGGUAAUCCUCGGGCUGGAGGAACCUGGCCUCCCAGGAGCGCACUCUCGUUGCCGCUGGUAUCCAGGGAACCCUCCUCCUUCUCCAAGAGAUACACACUGGUUGUUGCUAAGGUUGCUUCCACGGUAACAUGCACAUCCUGUUUACACCUUUAUCUGGAGAAGUUGGGCUCAGCUAGUCGCGCCAGCUUCACCUGGGAAGCUGUAGAAGAAAGCACCCACUUCCCCUUCCCUACUUCUGGCACCUUCGCUAGGAUUCUCCUCUCUCUGUCGAGGCCCCGCCAUCAAGUCCUCUCCAAGGCUGUGGAGCUAGGGCGGCUGCUGGGAGCUGCCAAGGACCGUCUGUGUCCCUGUUGGGACUUCCAGGGGAGGGAGGCGAACAAAUAGGAGCCAGCGUUUUUCCGCACGCGUCUGUUGUGACUCACGCUGUUUUGGCAACAUGACGAACAACGCUGCUGACCACCAUCCUGGGAAUUCAGUUGCCGAGGGCAGCCAUGAAGGGGAUUUCGGCUGCUCCCUGGUUGACCUGCGGACACUCAUGGAGCUUCGGAGUGGCGAGGCUGUCGCAAGGAUAAAUGACACGUAUGGGGGUGUGCAAAACAUCUGCAAGAGGCUGAAAACUUCGCCGGUAGAAGGCUUAUCUGGGAACCCAGCAGAUCUGGAGAAGCGGAGGCAGGUCUUUGGCCAGAACUUCAUCCCGCCCAAAAAGGCCAAGACCUUCCUGCAGUUAGUCUGGGAGGCACUUCAGGACGUCACCCUGAUCAUCCUGGAAAUUGCAGCCAUAAUCUCCCUGGGCCUGUCGUUCUAUCACCCCCCAGGCGGUGACAGCGAAUGUGAGUGCCCCACCGUGGCGGGCGCGGAGGCGUAGGGGGAGGCGCAGGCUGGCUGGAUCGAGGGGGCAGCCAUUCUCUUCUCGGUGAUCAUUGUGGUGCUGGUGACGGCCUUUCACGACUGGAGCAAGGAGAAGCAGUUCCGGGGCCUCCAGAGCCGGAUUGAGCAGGAGCAGAAGUUCACGGUCAUGCCGCAAGGGGCAGUGAUCCAGAUCCCUGUGGCCGAGAUUGUGGUGGGGGAUAUUGCGCAGAUCAAAUACGGUGAUCUGCUGCCCUCUGAUGGGAUCCUGAUCCAAGGCAAUGAUCUGAAGAUCGACGAGAGCUCUCUGACUGGGGAAUCGGACCAUGAGAAAUCAGUAGAUAAAGACCUCAUGCUGCUUUCAGGUACCCAUGUGAUGGAGGGCUCCGGACGGAUGUUAGUCACAGCUGUGGGCAUCAACUCACAGACUGGAAUCAUCUUCACUCUGCUGGGCGCAGGAGAAGGGGAGGAGGAGAAGAAGGUGAAGAAAGGUAAAAAAGCAGGAGCCCCUGAAAAUCGCAACAAAGCUAAAACUCAGGAUGGCGUGGCCCUGGAGAUCCAGCCCCUGAAGAGCCAGGAAGGGUGGAGGAAUGAGGAUAAGGAGAAGAAGGUGAAGGUCCCGAAGAAGGAGAAAUCGGUGCCAGGGAAGCUCACCGUUCUGGCGGUGCAGAUUGGGAAGGCAGGACUGAUCAUGUCGGCCAUCACGGUCAUCAUCCUGGUGCUGUAUUUUGUGAUCGACACCUUUGCGGUGCAGCGCAGGCCCUGGCUGGCGGAGUGCACCCCCAUCUACAUCCAGUACUUCGUCAAGUUCUUCAUCAUUGGCGUCACUGUGCUGGUGGUGGCCGUGCCUGAGGGCCUGCCCCUGGCUGUUACCAUCUCCCUGGCCUACUCAGUCAAGAAAAUGAUGAAGGACAACAACCUGGUGAGGCACCUGGACGCCUGCGAGACCAUGGGCAACGCUACGGCCAUCUGCUCUGACAAGACAGGCACGCUCACCAUGAACCGCAUGACCGUGGUGCAGGCCUACGUGGGCGACACCCAUUAUCGGCAGAUCCCCGACCCCGAAGCCAUCCUGCCCAAGGUCUUAGACCUCAUCGUCAAUAGCGUCGCCAUCAACUCAGCCUACACGUCCAAGAUCCUGCCACCGGAAAAGGAAGGGGGCCUCCCGCGGCAAGUGGGAAACAAGACGGAGUGCUCCCUGUUGGGCUUCGUCCUGGAUUUGAAGCAAGACUACCAGGCGGUUCGGAACGAGGUGCCAGAGGAGAAGCUCUACAAGGUCUACACCUUCAACUCGGUGCGCAAAUCCAUGAGCACGGUCUUGAAAAACUCGGAUGGCAGCUUCCGCAUGUACAGCAAAGGGGCCUCUGAGAUCAUCCUACGCAAGUGCACAAAGAUCCUGGACAAGAAUGGGGACCUGCGGGUAUUCAAGGUGAAGGACCGGGAUGAGAUGGUGAAGAAGGUGAUUGAGCCGAUGGCAUGCCAGGGGCUGCGCACCAUCUGCCUGGCUUUCCGCGACUUUCCUGCUGACGCCGAGCCUAACUGGGACAGCGAGAACGAGAUCAUGUCUGACCUGGCCUGUAUCACUGUGGUCGGCAUAGAGGACCCUGUCCGGCCAGAGGUGCCAGAGGCCAUCCUAAAGUGUCAACGUGCUGGCAUCACCGUCCGCAUGGUGACAGGUGACAACAUCAACACCGCCCGCGCCAUCGCUACUAAAUGCGGCAUCCUGCUGCCCGGGGAGGACUUCCUGUGCCUGGAGGGCAAGGAGUUCAACCGGCUCAUCCGGAAUGAGAAGGGAGAGGUGGAGCAAGAGCAGCUGGAUAAAGUCUGGCCCAAGCUUCGAGUCCUGGCCCGUUCCUCCCCCACGGAUAAGCAUACGCUUGUGAAAGGAAUUAUUGACAGCACUGUCGGAGAGCGACGGCAGGUGGUGGCGGUAACUGGGGACGGGACCAACGAUGGCCCAGCCUUGAAGAAAGCUGAUGUUGGAUUUGCUAUGGGCAUCGCAGGCACUGACGUGGCCAAAGAGGCUUCAGACAUCAUCCUGACGGACGACAAUUUCACCAGCAUCGUCAAAGCAGUGAUGUGGGGCCGCAACGUAUAUGACAGCAUCUCCAAGUUCCUGCAGUUCCAGCUGACCGUCAACGUGGUGGCGGUCAUUGUCGCUUUCACAGGGGCCUGCAUCACACAGGACUCUCCGCUGAAGGCCGUCCAGAUGCUGUGGGUGAACUUGAUCAUGGACACCUUUGCGUCCUUAGCUCUUGCCACUGAGCCCCCCUCGGAGUCCCUGCUGCUGCGCCGGCCGUACGGCCGCAACAAGCCCCUGAUCUCCCGCACCAUGAUGAAGAACAUCCUGGGGCACGCAGUGUACCAGCUCACCAUCAUCUUCACUUUGCUUUUUGCAGGCGAGAGGUUCUUUGAUAUUGACAGUGGCCGGAACGCGCCGCUGCACUCGCCUCCCUCUGAACACUACACCAUUGUCUUCAACACCUUCGUCAUGAUGCAGCUAUUCAACGAGAUCAAUGCUCGCAAGAUUCAUGGCGAGAGGAACGUCUUUGAUGCCAUCUUCCGGAAUCCCAUCUUCUGUACGGUGGUGCUGGGAACCUUUGCCGCCCAGAUCCUCAUCGUGGAGUUUGGUGGGAAGCCGUUCAGCAGCUCUGGGCUCACCUUGAGCCAGUGGCUCUGGUGCAUCUUUAUCGGUGUUGGAGAGCUGCUUUGGGGCCAGCUGAUCUGCAGUGUUCCGACCAGCCACCUGAAGUUCCUGAAGGAAGCCGGACAUGGUACCACCAAGGAGGAUAUUCCAGAGGAGGACCUGCCGGAGGACAUGGAUGAGAUUGACCAUGCUGAAAUGGAGCUGCGGCGAGGGCAGAUUCUGUGGUUCAGGGGCCUCAACAGAAUACAGACUCAGAUGGACGUAGUUUACACAUUCCAGACCGGCGCCUCCUCUUUACAGGGAGCCCUCAGGAGACAGCCUUCCAUCGUGAGCCAGCACCACGAUAUCAAAGUGGUGAAUGCGUUCCGUAGCUCUUUAUAUGAAGGCCUCAAGAAACCCGAAUCCAGAAGCUCCAUUCAUAACUUCUCAACUCACCCUGAGUUCAUCUUGGAGGAAGACGAGCCUCAAACCCCAUUCCUCGACGACGCAGAAGAAGACUCCAAGACUGACGGACUCAAAAACCAAGGUGGGAGUACCCCAGGUGAAUCCUUCUCCCUCAACCAAAAUAACAAUGCGGUGGACAGCGAUCUAGCCGAGAACACCGUCCCGGAGUUUGAAAGCCCCUUAGACGGCCUGGAAUCAUCGGUUUGACCUUUGAACUUUGAUACCCCCUUCAUUUCCUUCACCUUGAGUCCCGUGUGAUAUCAGCACCAAUAACUGAUAUUGCAGAGCGGUCACUUCGUGUUAACUGCUCAUAUGUAUACUAUUUUGUUUUCCUUUUAUGAUUUAUUGGCAGGAACCAGAGUACCAUGGAGGGGGGAGGGAGCAGUUUGCAGUGGGUACUUCCUAGGUGGGAAACAGCCAAGUUGAUAUUUCUUCUCCUUGAGUCAGGUUCCGUGUGUCCGUAGGAGUUUUUCAUUUUGAAAAAUGCACGUUCAGAGAAAAGGUUCAGAUUGUCUUACAUAGUCUUACAUGUGCACUCGCCAUCUGAGGGUACAUUUGUGGGGUGACUUGGGGGUCUUUUAGCUUAUGGGAUUUGACUUCCAAUAACAUCACACUUGUGGGAGAGGGGGGAAGCAGCAUGAAAGUACAGAUUUAAAAAUUGAACAGGGGGAAAAAAUGUUGAAUUGUGUUAGAGGAGGAAAGGGAAAAACCAAACAGGUAUUCUCUGCGGGAGACUCUGAUGGUUAGAGUAUGUAAACCAGUCUUCCACCUUGAAAAAAUGGUACCUAACCUUUACUACUUUUCUGUCUUCGUAUGUGUUUGUCUCUCUGUUUCCAACAUGCUAACUGUGAUUAAAAACAAGGGAGGAGGGUGAUUUAAGAGUCUUAAAUAUGUUGGCUAAGAUAUGAUUUGAAAAAGACCCUGCUUUGUUACAAAGCCCCACGGGAGAUGCUGCCACCAUUGCUGGGAAUGUUCUCCAAGAACUGCCAUGACUGGAAAUAAGAAGUCGUACUUUCUGCAGAUCUUUUUAAAUGCAUCUUUUUGCUCUUGAACUAUAUGAUAUCGGUCGGCAAGACUCAUGCAUAAUUUUAAUAGCAAAUCAUUUCUGAACCACUUUGGUGAGCAGAGGUGUUUUUGCAUGUGUGGUUUUUGUUUUUUUUUUUAAUAUUGUCAAAUUAAAUAUUCCUUUGGCCCUGGAGUGAGGCUAGCCGCGGCUAAGGUUCAUCCCAAAGAACAUACCACGUGCUGUACAUCCUUUUCAAAGCAGUGGCAGGGUCUGGAUGGGAAUCGAGUGCCAGCUGCUCAUGGAACGGCUGGGGCAACUUAAGGCUACCCAUCCCUGUUGCGUUUUGCAGGUCCCUUAGGAAAGAGAAGAGAGACUGUAGUAGGGGAAGCCAUAUUUGCAGUGGUCAUAUCUGCACAAUCCCAUUCAGUGUACAUACCCGCCUCAUGAUGGAAUUGUCCUGUCUGUGUCUUUUUUUAGGUUUGGAUGAAGCCAUUUGCAAAUAGGGGCAUCCUCCUGUAACAUGGUUGUCUUAUUCCUGGGAAAGGCACCUCUUUCAUCAGAACUUCAGAGGAGGCUUAAUAGCUAGGCUUUGCCCCACUCUCCCUUGUCACAGAGGUCCCCUCUUCACCUUAAACCCUAAUUUGCCUCCCCUCUUGCCUGGAUCUUGUUGCAUCUCAGUCCUACAAACAGAUGCAAGAAAUGAUGGUCUGUGAAGCUAAGAUCAUAGCCAAUAUCACUUACGCUGGAGAAAUCCUUUCCAAGGUGUCCUGUGCUAAUUGUUAAUGCGUCUCACGGGUUUUUUUAGGUUUGUCCCCUCAUAUUUAGGCUGUGGCAGGGUGAGAGGCCUGGGCUUCAGCUUUUGAUCACCUGGGAAGCCACUCAAUGAAAUAGUUCUGAGCAAACUCACUUGUGAUGCCAAGAAAGGGUCAAAUCAUGAGUGAUGGGAGAUAUCUGCAACUCCUGUUGACUUCAUUGGGUACUUUUUGUGCCUCUCAGAGUUUGGUCCUAGAUUGGUGCCAUUGAGAAAUGGUGUAGAAGGUUACCUAUUUUACCCUCUUAUUCAAUUAAAAGCUGUACCUGGAAGCAGAGAGAGAACCCACUUGCAACUGUCUGUAUUAAAGGGUUUGUGACAAAAAAGGGACAGGAGGCCUUGCCUGGCCUCCUUCCUAACAAGCAGAAAUAUCUUAAUGAGCGAGUGAAGGUUAUCAUUCUUUUCUUUUCUUUUUUUUUAAGAACGCACAGCAAAAACUCCCGUGCCUUUUCCAAGCACUGCCCAAAGCACCGUCUGCCACUUGGGAGCCCGGUACUUUGCCAGGAAAUAAGUGUUCCUUAAACAACCCAACACUGACUCAUGCCCUGGCGCUGUCACGCUUCAUUCCACAUCUGUUCAGGGUAGACCGAUGAAAGGUCCUUCUCACAGGGUCUUCUGCUCCAAGGCUAGUAAAGAGGAGGGGAUUCUAGGCUCCACAAACUGCCAAUACCAAGAAGAAAUAACCAUCACUGUACAUCUUAAUUGCAAAUCAGAGCCCACCCCUUUCAUCCAGAAAAACGUACUUGCUUCCUUCAUUCCUUUCAGUCUUCAUCUGAGCUAUAAUUGGGAGAGAUUAAGGGGGAAAUUUAGCUGUUUCUUGGUCUUACGUGACCUAUCUGAUGGGAAAGAGAAAAGGAUUUUCGUUUUUCUGUUUUAAAGCUUACAUUGCUUAAAAGAUCAUUUUUCUAUUUUAAAUACUUGCAAAAAAAAAACAACAACCCCACAACAGAUGAAAAUAUGGUGUUCUUGGGCGUUUACGUGAAUAUUUAUUAAAUACUUUUGGGGGACACUGAUUUUGUUUCUUUGAUAUUUUUUUAUUACCUCGGACCUGUUUAAAAAAACAAAAAACUUUUGGGCAGGGCGGGGGGAACUUUGGAGGCACUUAAAAAGUCACUCCCAGAAGUUUCUGUGACUGGCAGGUUACCAUGAGGGUCUGGUCUACCUUUUUAGUCAAUUUAUUUUUUGUUCUCGUUUCAAUUGUGUGUGGGCGGGGAAUAAUUAUAUAUAAAUAUUAUGCAAAAAAUAUAGUUUUCUUUAGAUCAGAAACUGAUAUUUUUAAGUCAGCCAUAUGUAUUUUGUUUAAAGGAAAAAAACAAAGCUGUAAGUCAUGUGUCUGCAAUGGAAUGUGAUCACAUGACUGGCAGUUUAAAGUGACAGGUAACUUAAAGAUUGGUCAGACUCCAAUCAACUUCCUUUCUCUGAGCAGCCAUCUUUGUACUAAAAGUUAGUUGGAUUACACAGAACUGUUUUUUAUAUAAAUUAUGUUGGUAUGGCUGGUUGCUUAAAGUAUAAGCGUUUAUUGUGCAUACUUUUUUAUGUAAAAUAUUUUUUUUUCUAUUUAGUUUCAGUGAUAAACUGGCAGCAGCUAACUAUGGCUUAAGUUAUUGAGGAAACUUAAACUGGGGAGAGAAAGAGAUGGUGCUUUCAAUUUAAAAGGCAUGAUAGCCUAAAUUAAUUUCUUAAAACAUGCCUUGAAAGAUGGAGAGAUGUUUUUAUUUUAUUUUUUACUGCCAACAGAACGAGUGGGAGGGAAAAAAUUAAACAGAUAGUGCCAUGUCAGACAGGAAAUGAAGUAAUAUCCUGUGAUACGUGUUAACUUGUUUUGGAAUGCUGUGUUAUUAAAACACUCUAAACAAUUUUGCAUCCAAUUCUUAAGGGUAGGGUCUGUUUUUUGUUUUGUUAAAUCAAGCGGCGGAUUGGUACCAAAGACAUUACAUCACUUCCUGUGUGCAAUGGUGAAUAUCCAUGUGUAGGAGCGUUCGUCAUGUGAUUAGGUUUGGAAGGUGAGUGUUUAUUUGCACAGGGAUCUGACUUUAAUUUUCAAUGGUUUUGUGCAAUAAGUUUUUUAAGGAAAAAAAUUAAAAUAAAACAAGAAAAAUAAAAUCUCCAGAAGGAAAAAUACUAAACUGAAUUUUAGCCAUGGGUAGGCUGUAAAAAUAAAUGAGCUGAGGCAGAGGAACAUACUUCCUUUUGAUAUAUGUUCAGUCUGUCCCUCAUCUAGAAGCUUUCUCUGGUGGGAGUGUAGACAACUUGUGGCGGGUUUAACUUUGGAUCAUGCCGAGGAAGAGUCAAUUCAAAGCCCACUGCAGACUCCCACAGCCUUCAAUGGGUUCUGGAUCAGGCCCUCUGAGGAAGGGCUCUUCAAGAAGAUCAGUUCCUAUAGUGACUUCUUCUAAUGUUCCACCAGGCAGGGACUCAUAUUUUUUUUCCCCCAACAGUCAAGGCCUUUGCUUUUCAUAUGUCCCCAGGUUUUCUGCCUUCACAUGUGUGUUAGGGCAAAUGGCUGUUGACAGUUGUCUCUGGGAGCUACAGCCCCAAGAGGAGGGGAAGGGUGAUGGUAGGUUCUGUUUGUGCCAUGAGAAAGUCUUAGAUGACUUCAACUUCUGCUGUCCCCACCUCCUUGUGAAUUUACCAAUUCGCUGAGCUAUCCAAAAGGAUCUCCUGAAAUGUGCUCUGAAAAAUCAACUCCCCCGCACAUAUUCUCGCAGUAAAUCUUUCCGAGAGAAGGACAAGCUAAGUAUAGUUGUGGUGAAUAUAACUUUGGCCUGAUAUCAUAACUGACCAUAACUCCUUCAGGCUUACCUAGAAUUUAUGGGUCAAAAACAAUGCUGCUUUGUGGCUUGUGCUGUCCUAUUAGUGAUGGUGUCUCUUUUCCCUUUCCUUGUCAGUAAUUCUGCCCAUCUCUUCCUCUUGGCUGUCUGACCUCUUGUGCUUUUGCCUCUGAUGUCCCUGCUGGCCCCCUAAAAAGGGGGCUGUGGUUGGGAUUUUAAGUUAAUUAGCCUUUCAGCAAAGUCCAUGGCUAAAAUGGCCUUUAGUUUAUUUCCUAACCCUAAAUAAAUAUAUAUACAAAAAUAUACACUUUGUAUAUAUUUAUCUGACUCUAAAACAAAACAAAAACAAAAUAACCAAAAUCUUUCUUUUGAAAAGAGCACGCAGGUUUGAACUUGUUUCUUUUUUUUCAGUAACUAGUAUAAUAAGCACUGGUAUUUUUGUAUUUAAAAAAAAAAAGAAAAAAAUGACAAAAUAAAAGACUGAAUAUUAUGUGGUAUGCAUGACAUUAAAAACAAUGGUGGUUUCAAAGCAAUAUGUACCCUGGUGUGUUUGCCAUAUCCUAGAGUCCAGCUUAAAGUGCACCUGAUCUGUAUUUGCAUUUUGAUAUUAUUUAAUCUCUAUGUACAAUGUUUUGCAUGUAAUUUAUAUGGUUCUUGGGGAGGAAAAAAAUACUUAUUUGACUGAAUUGUCAACUAGCUGCUUCUGGGAAAAUUUGGAACUCAAAGCAUAGAUAAUGCUGUGAUUGGAAAUGGAAGGGGCAGGGGGAAACUACACAACGGAAGAUAGAGGGGGAAACAAAGGGGUAACAUUUUGAAUCAAUAAAGCUUUUGCUGUUGAGCAGAAACAAUGUGCGAGUGCAUUGAGAGAAUAAAAUGUGCCCACACGUAA